GCCAAUAUGGCCGCACGGUAUCGGCUGUCCGCAACGACGCGACAGUGAGAGCGUGCGAGUGUGCGGCUGUCCGCGGGGGGUGCCCACCGAGGCAGGUCCAGGGAAACAUGUCGGACUACCUGAGGUCCGCGCUCGGGUACCUCAACGGCGGCACCGGCGGCAACGAGUACGUCGGCCAGACGCUGGACAUCAACAACGUGAAGCUGAGGGUGACGCGACUGAUCGCCGAGGGUGGAUGGGCACUGGUGUUCGCGGUAGAGGAUGUCGCUACGGGGAAGGAAUAUGCGCUCAAGAGACUUAUCGCCGCCGAUGAAGACGCGAACAGAGUCAUUAUACAAGAGAUAGAAACGUUGAAGAGACUGUCGAGUCAUCCAAACAUCAUUCAGUUCUUGUACGUCCAACGGCUGGAGCGGGAGGAGCGUAAGGGAUACGAGUACCUGGUCGUCACCGAGCUAUGUCCCGGUGGCACGGUGGCGGAUAUACUCAGGAGCGUGUCCGCGAACACGCUCACCCUCGCCCAGGUGUGCCAGAUAGCCUAUCAGGCGGUGCGCGCGGUGCAUCACAUGCACAGCCAGCAGCCGGAGCCGGUCGUGCAUCGGGACAUCAAGCUGGAGAACUUCCUGCUCGGGCGGGACGGCCUCGUGAAACUCUGUGACUUUGGUAGCGCCUCGACUCAACAGAUACUACCGGACCCGUCAUGGAACGCUCAAAAACGCGCCACGCUGGAGGACCAGAUGGCCAAGUACACAACCCCCAUGUACCGCGCCCCGGAAAUGAUGGACACGUGGAACAAUGAACCCAUAGGACCUCCGGUGGACUGUUGGGCCUUAGGAUGUAUAUUGUACUCUUUGAUUACGCUGCGGCAUCCCUUCCCCGAGGGCAACAAACUGGCAAUCGUGAACGGCAAGUACCCGCCGUUACCGCCCAAUCCACGGUACGCGUGUCUGCACGAUCUGGUGAAGGGAUGUCUGCAGGUCUCGCCCAUACAGAGGCUGACGACGGCGCAGCUCCUGGAACGCCUGGCGGCGAUCGCCGAGUCGAACGACUUCGAUCCCAGGGAACCGCCGCGGAUCGAAAUCGCGAUCAAGCCGUCGCCGCCUCCGCCGCGGCCGACGCCACCGCCGCCGUCGAGCGCGCCAACGUCGGCCCCUCGCCCGGCCGCGCCGGUAACGGUGCCGCCGCCGAGACCGGCGCCCGUGCAGACGGCGGCUUCCAAGGUCCCGGCGACUCAGAGCACAAGCGGUCUAUUCAACUCGCUGCGAGGCGGCGCCGGCAGCAUUCUACGCAACCUGAAGGACACCUCCAGCAAGGUGAUGCACACCGUGCAACAGAGCAUGGCCAGGACGGAACUGGAGGCGAGUUAUCUGACGUCGCGCAUACUCAUUAUGCCGUAUCCGGCCGACGGGAUCGAGUCCGCUUAUCGGGCCAAUCACGUAGAGGACGUGAGAGCCUACCUUCACUCCAGGCAUCCGCCGCCGGCCAAGAUCCAAUUCUACAAUCUAUCCCGCGGCCGGCCGAAUGUCACGCGGCUCCCCGGCAGGCACAUUGACUGCUCGUUUGCCUACGCCACUCCGGAAUCGAAUGCUCCCAUGCUGUUCGCUCUGUACCAGAUCUGUCAAGAUAUCUAUCAAUACCUGAACGCCGAUUUUAAUCACAUAGUGGUGCUGUACUGUACUGACGGGUAUCGGGCGAGCGCCACAGUGGCGUGCACUCUGCUGAUCCACUGCAGGGCCCUGACCACUGUCGACGAGGCGAUCGCUCUGUUCACGACGAGACGCUGCCAGCCGCCGCAUCUGCAGCCCUCGGAAUUGCGUAGUAUUAAUUACAUGAGCCUGCUCAGCGGCGACCGGCCGCCGCACACGAAGCCGCUGGUCCUCCGUUCCGUUGUCAUACAGCCGGUGCCGUUGUUCACCAGGGCGAGAGACGGCUGCCGGCCGUACAUCGAGAUUUACAGUAACGGCGCGCUGGUCUUCACGACGAAGAAGGCCGGCUACGAGGAGAUGAAGCUGUUCGGAAUGAUGGAGGGCAAGGUCUGCCUGAUUCUGGGAGACGCGGCCGUGCGCGGCGACGUCACCUUUGUGAUAUACCACGCCAGACAGCAGCUCGGCCGUGUGAUCGGCAUUAAAAUCGCCUCGCUACACUUUCACACUGGCUACGUGCCCAUCACCGAGAGCGCCUUGACGUUCGAGAAACGCGACCUGGACGACGCUCCCGAGAUCGGCGGCAAGUUCCGCGUUGUGCUGAACGUCAUGAUAGGCGAGGAGAAUGCGAAGCUGUCGAGGGUGCCGGCGCCGUGGGAGGCGGAAACGUGCGUCAGGCCCGUGCCGGAUCCGCUGUUCGGUUCAACGUUGGAGAUGGAGGAGACUCUGGAGACCUUCAGGACGGCACCUCACCAGGAAGAGACUCAGAAAGUACCGUUGAACGAAACCGACCAGAUUUCGCAACACGAAGCAGUACCUCAACAGCCGGAACAGCCGAAGGAGGAAGAGCCAGGCACGAUCGAGGAGAACAGCUUUCUCGAGGCUGAUUUGCUGAAUCUCGGCAUGCCGGAUAAUACCAAUAAUACCUCAAAUACUCCCGCCGCCGCGGCGGCAAAUCCAGGAUUAGAUAUCUUUUCUAGUUCUAGUCAGAACGAAAGCGAUCUCUUGGGUGGUUUCGGCGUGUCGGCGCCGCGGGCCGAGGCCGCCAAUUCGGUACCUUUAAUUAACAAUGACGCCCCGACUGACUUACUGUUCGGACACGAGGACUCCGCGACGAGGGGCAGCAACACCCCCGGCAACAGCAAUCUGAACAUGAACGACCUGUUGUUCGGGCAGAGUCGGACAGCGUCGAACAACGUCAAGGAGGUCAACGACCUGAUGUUUGACCCGCUGGGUGGGGACGUCCCGGGAAAUCUCCUCGGCGACCUCGAGGCGGGCACCGCCAAGACGAACACCGCCAAGGGCUCGAAUCCCGAGGAAAAUUUCCCGCGAAACGCCAGCGUGCCAAACUUCGCUGCUCAAGCUAACAAGGAUCCGUUUGCCAAUUUGGCUGGCUCGCUGGGCGCCGGUCUUGCAGGUAGCUGGAACGGCACGCCGAGGAACUCGAAUACCCCGCAGUCGGCGAGUCCGGCGCCCGCGAGCACGCCGAUCCACUCCAGCCCGAACACGAUGCACAAAUCCAACAACGCGGCGACCAACGAGGCCAACGGCACGGGUGGCGGCACCGCGGACGCGUUUGCCGGUAAAGCGAAGGAGAAGACGGGCGGCGACGCGUUCGAGGAUCUGCUCGGUAGCCAGGGAUACAACUUCUUCAGCUCGCGCAAGGCGGACAAGGACAGCCCGAAGACAAUAAAUCAAAUGCGAAAGGUGGAAGCGGCCAAGUCGAUGGACCCCGACAGGUUGAAAAUCGCCGAGUGGACGGAGGGCAAGAAGGGAAAUUUGCGGGCUCUGCUCUGCUCGUUGCACACGGUACUGUGGCCGGAGGCUGAAAGGUGGCAGCGUUGCGAGAUGCAUCAACUGGUCACGGCGGCGGACGUUAAGAAAGCUUAUAGGAAAGCUUGCUUGGCCGUGCAUCCGGACAAGCAAGCGGGCACGGCAAAUGAGAAUAUAGCAAAGUUGAUUUUCAUGGAGCUGAACAAUGCGUGGAGCACAUUCGAGAAUGAUGCGUCACAGCAGAAUCUAUUUAGCUAAUUUUAAUGAUCGUUAUCCGUUAUCGAGAACCUGUCUCUGUAAUUAAUUUAGUUCCUAGCGGAAAGGGAGCUAAGGGUGGGACGAGGAUCUCGUUAUCCGCGAGAUAACUGCAUCCAUGUAACUGCAUUCCGACUAUGUUAUUUUAGCUGUAGAGAGAAAGACAUGGUGCGUAAGAGAACGAGAGAGAGCGAGAGAACGAGAGAGAGAGAAAGUAAAGUCUUCGGGGGCAGCGAGUUCGGCGAAGCAGUGCUUCGGGACGCGUCUCCUUAUUGUUUCAACGCCUUGUAAACCUAGUUAAAAUACUCCCAAUUAUGGCAGUGCGGCGUAACGUAUAUGUAUAUAACGCAAAUGUACAUUAAAAAGAGGAUCCCAAAUAUACGAAGCUAUUUUCGGCCGAAAA